AUGGCACCGAAAAAUAUUCUCAUCUUCGGCGGAACGGGCCCCUCUGGCGUUGCCACGGUAAACCUCGCCCUUGCCCAUGGCCAUAACGUCAUAAUCUAUGCCCGCAACCCCGAUAAACUCUCCCCAGAAACUCUCGCCCACCCAAAUAUUAAGGUCUUCAAAGGAGAGCUCACCGACACUGCAUCUCUCUCUGCCGCAUUUUCACAGAAGCCAGAUGCUGUGAUAUCAUUGCUUGGGCCUACCGCGUCAGCGUCGCUGAUGCCAUGGACGAUUGGAGAUACGUUUACAGAUGGGUAUCGCCGCAUUAUGGCUGAGAUGAGGAAUAAUGGAGUCAAGAGGAUAUUGGUGAUGGGGACAGUAUCGAUCUAUGUUCCGGAAGACAAACCAUCUUUGGGACGAGCGUUUCUUGUAUGGAUUGUGUAUCUACUGGUACAUGCGGCGUGGAGACAGAUUAUAGGGAUUAGUGAGCUCUUCCAAAAUGAAGCUCAGGACCUGGAUUGGACUAUCUUUAGAAUUGGAAAUUUGGGCAAUGUUGGGGAGAUUUCUGAGGGGUAUAUUGGGGAUGGGAAUACAAGUCUAGGAAUUCAGAGGUCUGAGCUGGCUGAAUGGCUAGUGGGAGAGGCCGAGAAGGAUGAUAGUCGAUGGAUCAAGGGAUUUCCAUCAGUGAGUACGGCGCUAAAGAAGAAGGUUUAG